AUGCCGAUCCAAGCUCCACAGGUAUGUGCUACCUCUCUGCUUGUUCUUGAGCUUAGCAGGCAAUUUAUCGACUUGAGCUUGAGAUAUGAGAGGAUCAAAGAGGUGUGGUUGGAUGGUGCUAAAGGAGAGGAGUGGGGGCAGUACUACUUCCAAGAGGAGAAUCUAAGAAAAGAUUUUAUGUCCAACAAUAAGUGGCAGUAUCCUUUAGUCCCCGCUUUCCUAAUGUCUUCUUGGACAAUUGCAGUUCUCUUAGCAGUACUACUUGGAGGGCUUCGAUAUUUAUCGAUCCAUCUCUGGCAUGGAUCAAGAGCCAAGCAACGAAGUGAUGAUCGCCGACUACCGCCGGGCCCUCGGGGGAUUCCGAUUCUCGGCAAUCUUCUCACGUUGGGUGAUCUCCCUCACCGUACCCUCCAUCAAAUGGCCCAGAAAUAUGGACCCAUCAUGUUCAUCAGGCUUGGCUUUGUACCAACUGUGGUGGUAUCAUCGGCUCAGGCAGCGGAGUUGUUCCUCAAGACCCAUGACAACGUCUUUGCUAGUCGACCUUACACUAUGGGUCCCCAGUAUGUUUCUUAUGGGAACAAAGGCUUGCUUUUUGCACAAUACGGUGCAUAUUGGCGCAGCAUGCGCAAGCUGUGCACCAUAGAGCUGCUAAGUGCAACAAAGGUUGAUUCAUUCAAGAAGAUGAGAAGGGAGGAGGUGGGCAUUUUUGUUAGAUCUCUUAAGGAGGCUGCCGAAGCUGGUGCAGUGGUUGAUAUGACUGCCAAGGUUGGAUCGCUGAUUGAGGAUAUGACCUUCCGAAUGCUGAUUGGUAGCAAGGUCGAUAAUGUCCACCUAAACUCAGUUGUUGAGGAAUACCACAAUCUUCUUGGGACUUUUAACCUGGCUGAUUUCUUUCCCUAUAUCGAAAAACUUGACCUUCAGGGAUUGGGUCGACACAUGAAGGAAAUUAGCAGAGCCUUUGAUGGGUUUUUGGAGAAGAUCAUUGAUGACCACAUAAACAAUCCUAAAGAGCGUAACAACAACCAGAAGGACUUCAUUGAUGUGAUGUUGUCUUUGAUGGUGGAAUCAGAACAUAUGCAGGUAGAAGAACAGCGCUACAUGAUCGAUCGGGCUAGUAUAAAAGGAAUCAUUUUAGACAUGAUUUUGGCUGCAAUAGAUACGUCGGCUGUCACAAUUGAAUGGGCCUUCUCAGAACUCUUAAAGAAUCCUAAGGUGAUGGAAAGCCUCAAGGAGGAGUUAAAGAAUAAUGUUGGCAUAGACCAACUAGUGGAGGAAGAGGAUUUAGUUAAACUGGUGUACUUGGACAUGGUGGUGAAGGAAGCCAUGAGGAUUCAUCCUAUUGCUCCGUUGCUAGCUCCCCAUGAGUCCUUGGAAGACAUAACAAUCAAUGGAUAUCAUAUACCCAAGAAGUCUCGUGUAAUUAUAAAUGCUUGGGCAAUUCAAAGGGACCCUAAUGUAUGGUCGACUUAUGAUGAUGCUGAAAAAUUCUUGCCUGAAAGAUUUAAAGAAACUAAUAUUGACAUCCAUGGACGUGACUUCCAACUUAUCCCAUUUGGAUCAGGUCGUAGAGGAUGUCCUGGUAUUAAUCUGGGCCUAACAGUUGUGAAACUAGUACUUGGACAAUUGGUACAUGGCUUCGAUUGGGAGUUACCCAAUGGCAUGUCACCUAACGACUUGGACAUGACUGAGAAGUUUGGCCUAUCUGUUCCAAGAGCCAACCAUCUACUUGCUGUUCCAAGUUAUCGUCUUUGCCUUUGUGGCAACAAUUUGUAAGGAGGUUACUUUUAUUCUCAUCUUUA